CGCAUGAGGGAGCGCAGAGCGCAUCAAAAGUUUGGGAGUUUUCAGUGGACUGAGUGUAUUAAUGGGACGCCCCGGCGUUCAGUGUGUGUUUGCCAAUGUUUUAUGCUCAUAGACACGCGUGAAAAUUUCUCACAGUGGACGUGGAAUUCUUUUAUAGCUUUUUUAUUUAGUUCUAAAUCGGAUUGCAUGCGUAAUGAUACGAAGUAAAACAUAUACAUCCCAGCCGUGAGGAGAGUGGACAGCGUCUUUCUCGAGGACUUUUCAGCUGUGGUAUAUCAUUUGUCUGGAAACUAAAUCUUCGACUUUUCAUGGAACAUACUUUGACACCCAAGAACAAGAAUUGAAAUUCAUGGCCACCAUCCCCAUCCCUCCACCCUCGAUCCCUCCUCCUCCUCCUCCUCCGCCUCCACCUCCGCCUCCUCCUCCGCCCGUCUCAGCCAGCGGUCUGACCCGAGUCGACUCUGGCCGCAAACACCGGCUUCGCAACCUCAACUGGGAGCGGAUCCCUAAAGAGCGCGUGGAGGGCCGUAAGAGUGUGUGGAGCGGCUCUCUGGAUGAGGACUGUGAGCUCUCCAUUGACCUGAGCUCUCUGGAUGAGCUCUUUGGGCAAAAAGAGGGUGACAAGUCAGACCGGGCCAGCGGCUUCCGGCGCAGUUUACGGCGCUGCGGGUCUCCACAAGAGACGAGUGUGGACAAAGUUACACUGCUCGACUCAAAACGCAGCAUGAAUGUUGGGAUAUUUCUGCGGCAGUUGAAAAUUGCUGCUAGGGAGAUUGUGGAAGAUGUGCGGCGAGGGGUCGGAGAGCGUUACGGAGCUGAGAAACUGGCAGAACUCUGCAAGCUGCUGCCUGAUAAUGAAGAGGAGGCCAGAUUGAAAAAGUUCAGCGGUGACCGUAGUUUACUGGCAGAGCCGGAUCUCUUCAUUCUCUCGCUGGUGGAGUUACCCAGUUUUCGCAUGCGUCUGGACGUCAUGAUCCUCCAGCAGGAGUUUGACCCUGCGGUGACCUCUCUCUGUGUGGCGGCCAGAUGUCUGCGGGAGGCUGCUCGAGAGCUGCUGAGCUGCCCAGAGCUUCACUACAUCCUGCGACUGGUGCUCAAGGCGGGUAACUACAUGAACGCUGGUGGUUAUGCUGGGAAUGCUGCUGGAUUCAGGAUUUCCUCUUUACUCAAAUUGGCCGACACCAAAGCCAACAAGCCAGGCAUGAACCUCCUCCAUUUUGUCGCCAUGGAGGCUGUGAAGAAGGAUAAAGACUUGCUGAUGUUUCCCAGCCGCUUGAGUCACGUCGGUCCAGCUUCAAGGUUGUCAGAGGAGUCUGUGGUGGAGGAUCUUUCUCGGCUGCAAAGCAGAGUCGCUGAACUCCGAGUCAGAGCUCAGGCUGAUGCUGAAAUCGAGCAGCAGACCAGAACAUUUCUAGAGGUUGCAGAAGUGAGGCUGGAGGAAGCUCAGAAGGAGCUGGAAAGCUUACAGAAGUCCAGUAAGGCCCUUGUGGAUUUCUUCUGUGAAGAUGACAAGUCCUUCAAAUUGGAGGAGGCCUGUCUUAUCUUCCACUGCUUCUGCCAUCGGUUCCAACGAGCCGUGCAGGAGAACACCGAGAGGGAAGUACAAGAGCAGCGGCGUUUGGCGCGCGAGCGUGAGAAUGUGGAGAAGCGUCGCUCUCUGGCUCUAUGCACCGGGCUGGAAGCGGAGCAGGAGUCUUCUGACCUGGAGCAUGCGCUGCAGAGGAGCUUGAGUUACACGGGGAGCCGCCGCAGCCUGCGCAGACUCUCGCAGUACUUCCUCCGCUCCAGCGAGAGGAACAUGAAAACUCACAACCUACAGCACCAACAAUCAGAGGACUCAGACCUACAUGCUCUCAAUCCUGAAGCGUUCAGCAGAGACUCGGAGCUUAGACAUUUGCUGCUGAAGAAUGAUGCCGACACUGAGGAGACUAAAGGGAUAAAUAAAGUCGAGCAAGCUCAGCGUUUAAGCACAGAUUCAACAUGUGACCUGCAGCGAGAUGCAAUGGCUUCCCCAAAUGCUACAAAAAGCCAUUCUAGGUUGAAUACGAGGACAGUCCCCAGUGAUAACGCUUUUGUUGCUUUUGGAAAAACAAAAACGUCACAUCAGCAGGGGGCAGUGAAUGUCUCGCCGCUCACAGGACUAUCCCCUAACAAAGUUUUGAAAGUUGAGAAACAGGUUCAAGACAGCUCUGAAAGGCUGACGCAGAUAGAAUCCGAUACCUCGAAGGAUGCUAAGAAUAAAGAGUGUGUAAAUGGCAAAUCUCAAAAGGGAGUAACACCACAGAGAGAGACGUGGUCAAGUGCAUCUUCUCCUCCUGAAGAUCUCGCCCAGGGGCCCUGUAGCCCAGACCGAGAGCACGUUCACCCGGCGAUCAGAGAGACGCUGGAGUGUCACACCCUAGUGAGGGCCCUACGCUCCUAUGAGAGCCUUUCUCCAACUGUGACGCGGCCGACCACCAAUCACUGCUCCAAAUGGAAGAAAGAGCGGGAAGCCGAGGAACGAGACGGCACAAGCUCACCGCAUGCCAAGGAUGAUUCCCGUCUGGUAAAGACGCCGACUCGAGGGCCAACCAAAAGACUGCUGGUACAGCGAGGAGGGCCCUCCAACAGCAGCGGGAUCCCGAGAGUGCGCACAAAGGCAGAACCGACUCCUGCGGACACUUUGUCUACUAGUCAGGUGUCACGGCCUUCCCCUACACGUCCCUCCUCCAUUCGCACAUCGCUAGCGACUCGCUUCGCUGGCGUUCAAAAUGAACUCAAACGGAGCAGCAAUGCACGCCAGCGAGCAAACGCCCCGUCCGACACAGGGAAACAAAAAGGUAACACUACUGAGAAGCUGACCCAGGAUAAGGACAAGUGUCAGGAGCCGUUUGUAAGGGGUUCGCCGCUUCGUGUUUCCAAACGCCUAGCGCCCAACUCUGAAUCCCAGUCUCCCCAGAGCAUGCACUCUCCCACCGCUGCUACGACUGCAAAGACAAUCCGCACGGCCAUCAUAAGUGCAUCCAAAUCCAAGACAGCCAAGACUCCUGGCACCAGAAUCCCUGGUCCUAAAAUUCCCAAACCUGCUCCCCAGCCCAUGUGGAGAUGAUAUCUGGUUUCUUAAACUCGGAGUAGCAGGGGGUUGAUGUUAUCUAUGCAUGUCGCAACAUGCGUAAGGAACUAAAUUGAUAUGAUUUUCACUGGUGGGUGUCAAGGUUUUUGUGUGAACGGUCAGCUCAAACUACAGAAUGCCAGUAAAUAAAGGAGCCAUUCUUUGGGUCGGCUCAGAAUGGACACUGUAAUGCAUCCGAGCAGAGUGACUGCUACUUUCAGAGCUCUCCGCUGCUUAUUCAGGUCACAGCGAGUUUCGACUCUCAUUUCAGGACUUUGAUGGAAACUGUCAGGAGAGUCUCGUCCAGCACUGCCUUCAGCUCUACCUCUGGACACUCGAGUGCUCUGUGCAGGUUACAGCGCACAUCAGAAGGAUUCCUGCCAGAACCUUCUUCAUUAUGUGUUUUUUUUGUGAUGUUAGAAUGUCGAAUGGAGCUGCCACAAUCAAAACAGACCACAGUUAAUGACUGAAGUGAACGCUCACGUCAUGUGGGAUAUCGAUUUUUAACUUGCCCUUUGAUUCAGGUCAAAUUGACUGCUUACUUGUUACAGGUGCAAAAUAAUGACUCAAAACUUCAGUUAAAAUCAUGCAUGUAAUAAUUCAAGAUCCCAAAGCUAAUGUGUUUAAGUCAAUUGUGUGUGUCCAUUUGUAUAUGUUGAGUUCCUUCAACUCUGAUGCACUUUACAGAUGAAAGAGAGAUGUAAUGCUGACAGAAGCUGUCUUUUUUGUAAUCUGCUGUACUUGUUUUGUUUAUAUGGAAUGUUAAAUUAACAGAAUCAAAAACACAGCUGCCAUUUGUAAUGUUUGUAUUUGUAAAUAAUGAGUAUUUGAAAUAAAAAUUGAAUU